UGAGACGGGGCGGGGGGCGCGACGGGACGGGGCCGCUCCUGCCCCGCCGGGCCCGGGGCCUCGGGCGGGCGCUCGGCCGGGGGGUGAGGACUUCGCGCGGGGUGGUCGCGGCCGGGCUCAGGGCCGCUGGACGGACGCGGCGGAGGCGGUCGGGCCCGGGUGCUGCACGGUCCGGUCGCUGCCGGUGCCGGCCCCAGCGGGGGCCUGGGGCUGCGGUGGGGCGGUGAGGGGUAGGUGAGGCGGCGUGUGCCGCUCCUGAGCGGGGAGGCGAGCGCGGCCGCGGGCAGACGCCACCCCCGGCCGGAGCCCCGCCGGCCGCGGAGCUGUCGGGGGCCGUGGCGGGGCCGCAGCUCGGUGCCACCGGGUCCCGGGCAGGCGGGGCCGUUUCCCCGCGGGCGGGCAGGGAGCGCACGAACGGGAGCUGGCCCCGUGGAGGACGCCCAGCAGCUGCCUUGGAGCGGUGACCGGCCCCGCCUGUCCCCGCAGCGCCUCGCCCUGCCUGCCCGGAGAAGGGGGCCGCGGAGUCUCACCGUGCUCACAGACGCCUGGAGCGGGGUGCGGAGAGGGCCCGGCCGGGCUCUUCCAGCGGUGCCCGGUGACAGGACGCGCGGUGAUGGGCACGCACUGCCACACGGGAGGGUCCCCCUGGGCAUCGGGAAACACUUUCUCACUCUGGGGGUGACGGAACGCUGGCACAGGCUGCCCAGGGGGGUGGGUGGAGGAAGCCCAUCCCAGCGUGGUCCCCGGGAACCUGCCGGAGGUGGCCCUGCCUGAGCAGGGGCUUGGACAAGGUGGUGCCCAGAGGUCCUUUCCCACCUCAGCCACUCUGUGAUUCAGCACGGAGUUUCUUAGGGCAAAUCACUUACUAGCAGGCUGUGAUGUGCGGUAGGGCCCCUCCUAGCAGCGCCGUCCUCCGGUGCGGGGUGCAGGCUGGCACAGAGCAGCCUCCCCUUGCCUUUCCCAGGUCGCUGUGCAGACCCCUCUGUUCCAUGGCCGAAUGCAGCCCGUCUGAGUGGGCACCUGCCUACUGUGAGCAAUAGAGCCCAAGUCAUGGUGGGAGCUCUUCCCCUCAACACCUGGGAUUUACAUCAGCCCUAACAAUGGAAGAAAAAUAGAAGAGGAGUUGCAGGGGCUGUUUUUGCCCCCGGAAAUGUGCAUUUGGGCAACAGUGGUUGUGGUUUCUGCUGUCCCUGUCUGUCACAGCUGCAGAAGGGAGGGACGAGUGAGCGGGUGACCUUGCUGCACGGGUAGGAAGAGUGGAGUGGAGAAGUGAGAAGCUGCUGCAGAAGCUGUUGUUGCUCUUCCAGGGCUCCGUCAGCCAUUGGGGAGGUGCGGGAGCCCGUCCUAGCUGGGGGGGCGAGGGGAGGGCCUGAGGCUGGGUGUUUGCUAGAGCAAUGGAAAGGUCCUGACCAGGGCCAGGAGUCCAGUGGCUCCCCAGGCAUUUGAUGUCUGGUUUCAGUCGCUGCUCAGACUGGUUGUCCCUUCAGGGGCUUGCAGGCAGGAUUGAGUGAAUUGCUUGCCAUCUAACCAUUUAGAAGUUAAACUCCUGCAGGGAUAGGAUGUGGUGAGUGAAAAAAUGGACCCUGAAAGAGUUUGGGCACUCUGUCCCAGAAAGCACAUGCAGGACUGCGUGCUUCAGUUUGCCUUGAAGGGAAGGCAUGUGCAGACGAUGUCUGAGGGUGUCGGAAUAAAAAUGGGGGGAAUCAAUGGUGGUGGCCUUGUAAAACAUUCCUGCUUGAAGCAGCUGGCUGGAGGAUCCAUCCUGGAGUGCCGAGUCCUAGCACUGUGCAUUGCUGCUUGGCAAAAUUCCUGUCUCAGUCUUGCAGUACGGUUGUGGCUCAUUCCCCGUAACUCUGCGAACAUGUUACCUGGAUGUGUGUCUGAGAGGUUUUCUGUGCUGCCUUGGUCUGACCCUCUGAACCUCUUGGGGUGGCCGCCUCGGUGCUGCUGAGACGUUUCCAAAGGAAUGAGUGGCUGGUGGUUGUGACCCAGUGCAGCCCAUCUGUGGUGGCCCUUGUGAAAUAAAGGUGGUCAUGGCUUUACAGUGAUGUCAGCCCUGGGGGAAGCCUGGAAUCUCACCUCUGAGAGCUGCACCAAGAAACGGCUUCCAGGAUAACUCAUGUUUUGAGUUUAACCUUCUGUCUGGCCCUUCUUUGGGUCUUAGCUCUUGUGCGAAGCUGCAGCAUUCCUGGGGCAUGCAGCCAGCCUGUAGUGUCUGAGUCAACUGCUGCUUUCAGUGUUGCGAACCUGAGCAUUCAGAUACUGUGAGUCAGGUUAAAAAAGCAUGACUUCAAAAAUAGUAUGUUGUGAGUUCUAUGUGUGUGUCCUCUCGUAUCAAAGCCUUUAGGGCUUACGUGUUUAAAGUGGUUUUGUUGUUGUUGUUUUUUUUUUUAAUCAUGGGUAAAGACUUACUUUCAAGAAGUUGAAUUUCAUCACUUCAGAAAAAACAUGAAAGCUGGAAGAUCCAGAUAUAUCUUUCCUGUCAGUACAAAAGUUUUAAGACCCACGGCAAAGGUUAGACUUAAUCUCCUUUUGCCAUGUAAUUAAGAUUAGCAUCACGUUGGCUGUGUGCAGGGGCUGUGCUCUACAGGCCCACCUAUCUGAUGAGGUGGAACUCCAUUCCUCAGCAUUAUAUGCAGAAGCUUCAAAUGAGUUAAUAACUAGAGUCGCUCUGUAUUGAGAUGGAAAUGACUAAGCAUACCACAUUCCUGAAGCGUUACUUAUUUUGAUAUAAAAUCUGCUUGUUUGGUACUGCCCAUGUCUUUUAGGCAUUAGCAUGGCAGAGUUUUGUUCAGAAAAGCUUCAGCUUUGUUCUGGAGCUGAACAGAAUGGGAGUAGCUGAGAACUCUGGAAGGCGUCCCUGCUGCUGUGCUGCUCCCCUCAUCCCUCCAGGACCGAGCUGGCAGCUUCCCUAGACUUCAGAAGAACAGAAACUGUCUUUUAUUCGGCUACCAACACAGGAGGCUUGGUGACAAGGAGGUCUCUUGGGUGGUUUAGAGACGCACGACUCUUAUAGAAGGACUGAAAGAUUGCUUCAGGAGCGCAUGGGCUUGCCAAGUCAGUGGUUUGCGUGUUCUCAUGCCUGUUGAGCAUCAGGAUAAGGUCGUGCUAGCAGGCAGUCUGUGCAGAGCUGACACCACUGGGUGCUUUGGAGUCUCAUGCCAGCUUGAUGUGUGCAGGGCACGGGUGGACCUGGACAAGGCUGGAGAUGGGGUGUUUUUAAGCACAUUGGCACUUGCCAUGCACCCAACAGGGUCAGUGGACAGUAACUUCUCCCGCUCUGCUGUGCAGACCCUCUCCCGGAGCCACUGCCGCAACAUCAAACAGAAGAUCUCCCAGUGGGAGGGGAGGACACGAGGAUGCUCCAGCAAGGAGAAACAGCAUCCGAAGGACUUUGGAGUAAAGUAUGAUCCCAGCUGCGAUGCUCUACCCAGAGUGAAGCCGGAACAUACAGAGAAGGGUGGAAAGACUGGGUCCAAAGAUCCAAAGAGCCUGGGUUUGGACUUCAGGGAAGACGCACGAAGCUGCUUGCAGAUUGAUAACUGUGGUGACCUCAAGCCCUGUGCAUGCGGCCUCGCUUCCCAAGCCAAGGAGAAAGGAGAGUGGCAAGCAGGCUUCCUGCACCCUGGGGCGAGACUGCCCCCAGGGAACUUCUAUACCUCACAAGGUCUAUGGAGGAGAGUAGAUCCCCUUCUGCCUGGCAAAGCCCCACCAUUUCCCUUGGACCUUCAGAGGAAGCAAGGGAGGUGUGGCUCCACGGGAACAGAACUUAAAAUCAAAGGAGUGGACCCUCUCUGCAGGGCAGAGAGGAGCUUGAAAAGCAUUUACACUGAGGCUGAGGGGCAAGAGGAGGAGCCAUCUGUUGUCCCACCACCCAAGCCCCGUAGGACUUUCCGCUAUCUUGCAGAGAAGGGUGCUGAUAGCUGUAGUGAUGCCAGUGCUAGCAGGGAAGCUCCCCUACAAAAGCAGCAUGGAGGAGAUUUGGUGUCAUCCUCCAACAAUCCUGAGAAGAGAACAGCCACCAGGAGGAUCAGAGGGAGAACCCAGAGGAAAUCUUUUGAGUUUGAGGACAUCCAGGGCUUCCGCAACCGGAUAGGAACGACCAACUUCCACAGACUUCGAGAAGAGACAAAUGGCAGUACAGGAUCCAGGCUCAUCUACACACAGUCAGAAGACAACAUCUACGAGGACAUUAUCUGUCCUGCAAAAGAGAACCCCUAUGAAGACAUUGGAGCACUGCCUUUACCCUUGUGGAAGGUCCCAUCUGUCUGGAAGCUACCACCCCCCCGGAGCACCAGUAGGGCUCCCAAGCCUCCCCCUAAACCUCCCUUCCUCAGUCGCAAGACUCUUGAGCUAAAGCCCUCCCAGACAAGUUUCCAAGGGAAAAUGGUGAAGGACACAACGCUGCCUGUCACACUGACUGAGUGGAAGCUGUUCCGAGCAGUAGAGGCUGCUAGCAAGAGAAAGAACUUGCCCUGGCUGGUACUGAAAAUACAGGAAAUCUUUGAUUCUAAGCGUGGAAAGAAGAGGGUGAAGUUGCUCGGUCCUGCUGGGAGAGAAGCACCUCCAGUGAAAGGUGAAACCAGUGGGAAUGAAAGUGAUACGGAAAAUCAGCCAAAAAGUCAGCAGAGGUGCCUGCUGCAGGCGCAGUUGGCCGCCAAGAGGAAUCCGCACUACCAGACUUUGGAGAGGGAUUUGAUAGAGCUUCAGGAGCAGCGUCUGUUUGAACUGUUUGUGGUGGUGUCGCUGCACAAGAAGGCAUCUGACAUGACAUACACACCACAGAUCAUACAGCAGUUUCCCAGCAAGCAUGAACAUCCCUUCAGACAGUCAAAGGAUACUGAAGAGAGGCUAAAGGUCAUUCCCAAGUUCUGCUUUCCAGAUCCCAAAGACUGGUUUCCUGCAUCAGACCUUAAAAGUGAAACAUUUUCUUUUGUGUUGACGGGUGAGGAUGGCAGCCGAUGGUUUGGAUACUGCAAGAAGCUCCUGCCGGAGGGGAAAGGGAAGCGCCUUCCUGAGGUAUACUGCAUCGUUAGCCGCCUGGGCUGCUUCAAUCUCUUCGCCAAGAUUUUAGAUGAGGUGGAGAAGAGGCGAGAGAUGUCCCCGGCCCUCGUACACCCGUUUAUGCGCAGUGUAAUGGAGGCACCUUUCCCUGCUCCUGGACGCACCAUCGCUGUGAGGAGUUUCCUGCCGGGAGCGGGAAAUGAGGUGGUGGAGCUCUGCCGUCCGCUGGACUCGCGACUGGAACAUGUGGACUUCGAAUGCCUGUUCAAGUGUCUGAGUGUCUCGCACGCGAUUCGGGUCUUCGCCUCUCUCCUGCUGGAAAGGAGGGUGAUCUUUGUUGCUGACAACUUAAGCACUCUGUCUAAAUGUGGCCAUGCCGCAGUUGCAACGCUCUAUCCCUUCACUUGGCAACACACCUACAUACCAGUCCUGCCAGCUUCUAUGAUUGAUAUUGCGUGCUCUCCGACCCCAUUCUUAAUUGGCAUUCUCUCCUGCUCGUUACCACAGCUCCAGGACCUGCCCAUAGAAGAGGUUCUGAUUGUUGAUCUUUGUGCUGACAAGUUCUUGCAAGAGGUCUCAGACGAAGAUGAGAUCCUGCCUCAUAAACUCCAGGCUGCACUUGUACAAAUCUUGGAAGAACGAAGUGAAAUCUUGUCACAUGAGCAGAGCAACGUACAAGGUGACAUGCCUCUCAACUCCCUGGUCUCUGAAGCUUUUGUGCAGUUCUUUGUGGAGAUCGUUGGGCACUACUCCCUGCACAUGAAUGUCACAGAAAAAGGGGAGCGGGUGUUCCAGCGGGAGCUGUUCCGUAAAUCUCACGUGUCACGCAAUGUGCGUCACUUCUUGCACUUCUUCAUGGAAACGCAGAUGUUUGCAGGGUUCAUACAGGAUCGAGAGCUGAGUAAGAACAUGGUCAAAGGCCUUUUUGAGGUCCGUGCCCUGGAGUAUUUGGAGAGUAUUCCAGAGGCAGAACCAACUGGGAUGAACAAAAUCCUUCGCAGUCUUGGGAGUAAAAUGAAAUUUCUUCAGAAGAGAUGAUCGUGCGCUGCUGCGGGCCAGCGGAGCGGGGCGGGUGGGGGGAUGCCGGGGCCGGACUCCUCUCUGCCUCCCGGCGAGCGGGGGUCCCCGGCUGCCGCCGUCAAUAACCAUCGCACGGA